GAGGCAAGUCUGGGCCGCUGCUGAAGGGAAGAUCUCAGAGGAGGUCGUGGGACACAAGGGACAGCUCCCCGUGUGCCCACACCAGAGAGGCCACGUGUCCCCGACGUGUGGGUACCGCUUCACCGCCACCUCAGCGAGUGCUCACUGUGAACUGGGCCUGGCCUGGCAAAGACUACAGGGGACAAUGCACAGGGCCCUGCCUCAUGGAAACCUCAUCCCAGGAGGGGGAACUGGCGAAGAGAAAGAAAGAAGAGGCAGAAGAAUAAAAAAGAAUUGCAAGUGCCAUGAAGAAAAGCAAAAGGAUGCGAAGAGUGAUGGGGCUUCCUGCUCAGCUGUCUGAAAACGUGGUCAACCGCAUGAAAGAUCCCGGCCAGCCUUCCAGAGUGGGGCCGCUGACCCCUCCAGCUGCCGCCCUUGUCUCCUCUGAAGGCCGGGAGAAAGAGUCUAAAUCGCCCAGGCCGGAGAGUGGCGGCGGCCGGCGGCCCUCGGGGGCGGAGGUGGAUCGUCUCGGGAGGUGUGACAGGGAGCAGGCCGUGGUCCAGGACGAGCUGCUCCAGGUGGCGACGAGGGACAUAGAGGCGGCUGCCAGGCCCCGGAGCGCGUCCCUGCGGCAGGGGGAGGGCGGCACGGACCCGGGGACGCAGUGGUCCGCCCAGCUGGCCGGGGAGCUGGAGAGCCGAGAGGCAGAGCUGAGACGCCGCGACGCCUUAUACAAGGAGCAGCUCGGGCGCCUGGAGAGAAUGUCGAGACGUACAGACUGUCUUCACAGCAGUUCCACAAGGCAGCCUCGAAGAUGGAGGGUGCGAUCAAGCCCCGCAGGGUGGAGCCCGUGUGCUCGGGGCUGCAGGCCCAGAUCCUGCGCUGCUACCGCGAGCGCCUGCAGGAGGUGCUGCUGUGUGCGGACCUGGUCAAGGCCUACCAGCACUGCGUCGGCUCGGCGCACAAGGGUUGACGCAGGCCCGCUCCGGGCCCGGCAGUGACUUGGAGCCUGAAGAGGGGACCCGUUGUGGGACCACAGUCCAGAGACCGCAGGCGGCCGGCUCCCCUGCUGGCGCCUCCGAUGCCCCCGUGCUGGAGAAGUAGCGUGUGUGCCCCUGUCCUCAGACAAAUAAAGCAGGCGU